AUGGCCACACCUGAGAACAAGGAGAUCACUGAAAUCAUCGCGGGCAGUGACAGUAAAGAGGAAUCAGUCGGCGAUGUUGAGAUUCAAGGAGACUAUGGAUCUGGUAGAGAGCACAUCUUCUCCGAUCCCAAGGUGGCGGAUUACUGGAGAGAUGUGUACGAAAAGGCACAUUACGAGGGUCGCCACCGCUUCGACCCAAAUUUCACUUGGUCGGCCCAGGAAGAAUUGAAGCUAAAGCGAAAGGUGGACUGGCGUAUCAUGGCUUGGUGCUGGCUGAUGUUCGUCGCACUUGAUUUGAACAGACGCAACAUCAAUCGAGCUAUCAGCGACAACAUGCUGGCGGAUCUGAACAUGGACACCAAUGACUACAACUAUGGUCAAACCAUUUUCCUGGUAUCGUUUCUGGCGGCAGAGCUUCCCUCAGGUCUGGUCUCCAAGAAGCUCGGUCCUGACGUCUGGAUUCCAUUCAUCAUCACUGCAUGGUCAAUCAUCUCUGCGGCACAGGCCGGGCUCAAGAACAAGACCGGAUAUUACGUUUGCCGUUGUCUCAUUGGCCUUUUGAUGGGGGGAUUCAUCCCUGACACUGUGCUUUACAUCACUUACUGGUAUAAGUCGAAGGAGCUUCCGAUUAGACUUUCCUGGUUCUGGACCGUCCUGAGCACGUGCAACAUCGUCGGAUCCCUCAUGGCUGCCGGUAUCUUGCAAAUGAGAGGACUACAAGGAUGGGCGGGUUGGCAAUGGCUAUUCCUCAUCGAAGGCUGCAUCACGACGGCCAUUGGAAUAGCCAGCUGGGCGCUCAUGCCACCGGGCCCGUGCCAAACAGCCGGUCGCUGGAGAGGCAAGGGCUGGUUCAGCGAGCGAGAGGAGAAGAUCCUGGUCAACCGCAUUCUCCGCGAUGACCCGUCCAAGGGCGACAUGCACAACAGGCAAGGCGUCGACCUCACGCGUCUCUGGAAGUGCAUCAAAGACUAUGACUUGUGGCCGCUCUACCUCGUCGGCUUGACUACCUACAUCCCGCCCAACCCGCCGUCGAACUACCUCUCCUUCAUCCUCCGCCAGAUGGGCUUCAGCACCUUUCAAUCCAACCUACUAACCAUCCCAUCCCAGUUCAUGUUCGGCGUCAACCUCCUCAUCAUCUCCCGGCUCAGCGAAUGGUUCAACGAGCGCGCCCUCGUCGCGUCCAUCUCCAACAUCUGGAUUUUCCCGUGGCUGGUGGCGCUCGUGGCCCUGGGCGGCUCCGCCAGCCAGUGGGUCCGCUACGCGCUGCUCACCGGCCUGCUCUCGUACCCCUACUGCCACGCCAUCAUCGUCGCGUGGAACUCGCGCAACUCCAACACGGUGCGCACGCGCGCCGUGUCCGCCGCGCUGUACAACAUGUUUGUACAGGCGGGCAACAUCGUGGGGUCCAACAUCUAUCGCGAGGAUGAUAGGCCGUUGUACCAACGCGGAAACAAGAUCCUGCUCGGGAUAUGCAGCUUCAACGUCGUGCUGUUCGUUGUCGUCAAGUACUACUACAUCAGGAAGAACAAGCGCCGGGAGGAGGCUUGGGCGAAGCUGACGGGAGAGGAGAAGAUCGACUAUAUCCACAACACGAAGGAUGAGGGUGCCAAGAGGCUUGAUUUCAGGUUUGCGCAUUGA